AAACUUUGAUCCAAGCCGAUUGAAAUUCUCAAUCUCAUAGGAGAGUUAUGGACAUUAGAAUUCUAGUGAAGAAUUAUGUUCCAUGGAAUUAUAUUAUUGGAAAAUGGACUAGAUAAGGUAGAUAGGUUGGCAAAUAUUUCCCCUCCGCUUUUUUGCUCUUUAUUCAAUUCUUUAUAAAAAGUAUUACAGUGAUCCGAUUUAGAUAAAAAUAUGCGCCGUUUCGUUCGAUAAUCUAUUCCCAUCUAGACGGGACGACAAUUUCAUAAUACCCCCCUUGUAGAAGCCCCCAUUUGCCCUUAUUUGCGAAGGUCACGGACAGCCACUUUUCACAAGCCCCUUUUGAGGUCAACCUUUCACCACCAAGGGCUUUCGCCAUGGAUAGGAGCAGGUGGUGAUCACUGCGAUAAAAUCUCGCAUCCGAGUUCCCGUAGCUUCUCAAGAGUCAUCAACGAAGUGUGUGGUCUGGCGUGGUUCUGGUGGAACACUACACCCUUCAUGUUGGCCAAUUAUGGACGCUUCUGGUCGAUCUUCAAGCGGUCCAGUUGUUCUGAUGGUAGAAUUAAGCGUCUUGCCAUUUGAGGGCAGCUCAUAGUGGAUGAAUCCCUACCAAUCCCACCAAACACACAGUAAAACCUUUCUGGCCGUCAAUCCCGUCUUGGCCACUGUUUGGGACGAUUCACCGGCCCGUUUCGCUUGUCGUACGUGUAUCCAGCCUUCCGCAGAUGGUUUAAAAUGGUUUGGUGACUAACUCCCAUCUCCUGGGCGAUCUCACGAGAUGACACAUGCCAGUCUAACUUGAUGUUUUCCGUGAUUCGAUCGGUAUUCGUCGUCAUAGGUCUUCCGCCGGCUGGCUUAUCCAUGGUGUCGUUUUCACCCGAUCUGAAUCGUCAUUCAUUCGCAGUUCGAAGCGAUAGAGUACCAUCCCCCAAAAACACCAUUCAUCUCACUGAACGUUUCUCUAGCGGAUUUCUCUUUAUCGAAGGAAAACUUUAAAAUAGCGCGAAUUUCGUCGUUUGUGAACUCCAUGUUUACACGUCUAUAACUGUUGAACGCAAUAUCCAAGCUAAUCAUGCGUAGCGCCGUUUUGUAGAUUAUGUCAAGACCUUUCAAAAAUGUAGUAUAAGUAUUGCCAGAUACGAACUCUAUAUCGCUUUAUACAUAACCCCGAAAUUCAAAAGACAAAAAGGUGGAAGGGUAAAUGUAACUUCAAUACAAAUAGAAACAGCCAUAAAUACAUCAGCGCACUAAAGAAGGUAUAAGCCAUUAGCAUACCCAUAAACACAUAUUGUGCGUGGGUGUGUAUGUGUGUGUGUAAACAAAGUAGUGGCGAAUCGUGCUUUUCACGCAUUGUUUACCACUUGCAUUGGGCAUAAGCGAACACUACAACAGCAAAAAUAACAAUAAUAAAGCAGCGCAAAAUUUGGAAUGAAAUAAAAAUCAAUCGAGAAUACAAUAAAAACCUCAAUUUUCUCUUCAUCAAAGCAAAUUUCUAGUUCUGAUUAAGCGAAAACAAAGCGUUGAAUUACUAAAGUGUAAAUUGAAAGAAAUAAAAAGAAAUUUAAGGUAAAUAGUGAAUUUAAAUAGUUUUGCUUAAGGCAAACCACAACAAAUACAAAGCAAAUCGUGUACACACACGUGAGUGGACGGCAGGAAAAUGGGCAAGAAAAACUCCAAAUUGAAGCAGGACACCAUCGAUCGUCUAACAACAGCCACAUACUUCACAGAAAAAGAAAUCAGGCAAUGGCACAAAGGUUUUCUGAAAGACUGUCCGAAUGGUCUGCUGACAGAACAAGGUUUUAUUAAAAUUUACAAACAAUUCUUCCCGCAAGGAGAUCCCAGUAAAUUCGCAUCGCUGGUGUUUCGUGUUUUCGAUGAGAAUGAGGAUGGUGCGAUUGAGUUUGAGGAGUUCAUACGAGCGUUAUCGAUUACAUCGCGCGGUAACCUGGAUGAAAAGCUGCAAUGGGCAUUCCGACUCUACGAUGUGGACAAUGAUGGCUACAUAACGAGAGAAGAAAUGUAUAACAUAGUGGAUGCAAUAUAUCAAAUGGUGGGUCAACAGCCGCAAACGGAGGAGGAGAAUACGCCGCAGAAACGUGUCGACAAGAUAUUCGAUCAAAUGGACAAGAAUCAUGAUGAUCGUUUGACGCUCGACGAAUUUCGUGAGGGUAGUAAAGCUGAUCCACGUAUAGUGCAGGCGUUAAGUUUAGGUGGUGAUUAACCAAAAGAGACUUAGUUUAAUUCUGCUACAGAUUAAACGAGGAAACUAAGUGAAAAUAAUACAAAACCAAAUAUAGUUAAAAGAAAAUACACAGCAGGAAAGAAAUAGCAAAGUAAUAAUUACAAAAUAAUACAACAAGCAAGAAAGAAGCAAGGAAGUAUAGGUGGAUAAAGGAAAUAAAUUUUUGAAAAAUAUUUAUAAGGAGUAGGGAAGAGAGACAAAAGAGAAAUACGCACACAUACAUACACAUUAGAGACAGCUUUGGUGACUUUAGCUGCUAAAGUUUAGCGAACCAAAAGCGCUCAAUACCCAAACACGCAUAUGCAUACAUGUAUAUGUACAUACACAUGCACAAUUUUGAGAAAAAAAAAUUUCGCCACAACUACAUGACAGUUAGGUUAAUUGAUAUAAAAUUAUGCGAAAUAUGUGAAAGUAGAGCAAGCGGUAGAAAAGCUUCGUAAACCGUUUAUGUUAAUGGUUUGAAAAUGCAAAAAAAAACAACAACAAAAUGCAGUAAUACAAUAACAAUAGCAAACAGUAAAAGUAAUGCAAUUCAUAAAUUAUACUCAUUGCAAUUGUAGGUGAAACGGGUUUAGCGUAGUCAACAAAAAAAUAAACAAGCUGCAAUCAAUAGACAUAGUAGACGUACAAGCGAUAUGUAAUUAGCAUACACAGAUACACGCACACAUACAUAGUUACAUACCACAUAUAGUUUAAGUGAUGUCAACGAAACGGUAAUCAAAAUCUGCCCACACACACAAAAACAAAUGACGGACACAAAAUUUAUUGAAAUUAAAUAAAAAAAAUAAAUACUCAAAAACCAAAAUUAACUAUUAACUUGGCAGCAUAUUUGUAAAAAGUUAAGCUAAAAUACUGUUGAAAAUAAAAUAUUCGAAAUUCAAAGUAAAAUUUAAAUAAAUUGCGAAAAUUGCAUGCAGCCACAAAAGGUCGAAUACAAAGGUGCGUUUUGAACAACAACAAAAAAUAUUGCUAAUUAACAACAAAAACAAAAAAAAAACAAAUUUGAAAAUAUUUCCAAGUAAAACGCAGUUUAUAUUCAAAAAUGAAACAGUGAAACUUAAAAUAGGCUUAAAACAGUAAAUUUAUAGAAAAAUGAACUUUCAGCUAUAAAAUACAUUAAAAAAACUCGCUUAAAUUUUUGAAAGCAUGCAUUGCUCGAGCAGCAAAUUGGUUUGAGCGUCAUGCUUUCCUAGCGUUAAUAGACUAAAUACCCAGUGUAAUAACUGAGGCCAUGUAAUUGUAUAUAUUAGUCGAACGAAAUUGUUAUGAACAAUGACACCAAUUUAAAAUUUAUUAGAUAAAGCUAGUAGUAUAUUCAAAAAACAAAUUUAAACUUGAAAAACUUUCCUUAAACCAUUUUUUUUUUUAAACUUACUUCAAGCUCGUCCUUAAGACGUUAAAAACUUUGAAAUAUUAAUUAAUAAAAAAUAAUAAUAAAAUAUUUUGGCAUUAAUAAAUUGUAUUAGGCAACACUUUUAUUGCUUAAAAGUAGUAGAAAAGAAGUUAUAGCAUAGAUAGUUGCUUAGAAAAAAUAAUACCUACAUGCUAGCUAAAAAUUUUCUUCCCAAAAACAGCAGUCAAAUAGCGGCUCUGGUUCAUUUUAUUUAAAUUUAGUCAAAAAUCAAAUAAAAAUACCUAAAAAUAUUGAAAUAGCAUUAGUAACAUGAAAGCUCAGCUGAUCAUUUGAACUUUCUAUUGAAACCCGCCAAAAGCUCUUUAUAAAAGCUCCUAAAAAGCUUGCCUGUUUUCAAAAGCUUUUUUCAAAAGCUUACUUUGAAAAAUUUAACCUCAAAAAUCUUAAUAUCUGAGAAAAAAUAUAGUAGAGCUUAAAGGAAAAUACAGUUUAGGAAGAUGUUAAGUGCUCGACCUUAAUCUUGAUUAUCCUGCGAUACUUCAAGAAAUAUUUGUGUAUAUGUUUUAACUAAAUUCGGAAAAAGCAUCUUCUAAAGAUAGCUUAAUUUAAUGAGCUUUACUGUCACCCUUUAUCCCCUUGCAAUAAACUCCACUAAACCUAACGUAAGCUAAACUACCCGUUGUCCCCUUGAAGUAGACUCCUAUAAAUAUACCUAAAGCUAAAUUGCUUUCUUGUUUUAUCAAAAUAGAACCUAAGGAUAACGACUUUGACAGAAAAACAUAUUGGUUCGUGGCGUCAUAAACCAAAAAAAGGAAAAGUAACUGUUUAGAAUUUCGAUGAAUAUGAAAAAUUUACAGUUUGUCUCAUUUAUGGCGCAUCUGGACUCAAUCGUGUCUCUAAUAUUAUUUGUUUUCAUUCCCCUUACUCUGAAAUAUACUAUUCACUUCUGAUAAAAGUUAGGAAUAUAUUGCAAAAGGUCUGUCUUCUGUAUAAACCAAUGAGAUUGCAGAACAGUUGAAUAAAUUUUCUGGUUUCUAUAGAAUUUGUAUUGUGCAGAAUAAAAAAGUUGAUAUACAGGCAAGUUCUGCAAUCCGAGUGAAAGUGAAGUUAAAAAAAGUUGAAUUUGAAAAGUAAAAUCGAAAUUCAUUAUAGCAAAAAUACCAAAUAUCGAAUUGAAAUUGAUUUUGCUUGAAUUUCACUCGGAAGUGAAUUACAGAACCUGCCUGAUAGAAAUUUUUUUUCAUAAACAAUUUAAUAAAAUAAAUAAUUAUUUUUCACAAUUUUUUUAUUAUUUCUGUCUUAAUCAUUGGUGAUAAAUUUCAGUGUUUCAAUUUAAGAACUAUUUUUGUAUUUAUGCGAUAUAAACAUUAUUGUGCUCACGAGUAUUAUAAAUAUAAUCGAGUUAUAAAUUUGCAAAAUAAUUUUAAAAAUAUUUCCGUUAAUACGAGUAUAUCUCCAAAAAUUAAAAAGUGAGUAUUUUCUUCAAAAUUUUGUAAAUGUUUUCCUUUUUUUCUAUAUUCGUCAUAUUAUACGCAUGAUUUUGUUCGCAAAAUUUUUUAUAUAAAUAUUAUCUACAUGUUAGCCUAAAUCGAAAUAUUCCUUAAAAUUUUUGCAUGCUUUGGUAAUAUAUACUCCUUGGACACAAUCAAUAUUUUACAAUAUUUUUAUUUCACCAACAAAAUAUAUACUUUUAAAGCAUACAAUUUCACAUUUUAUUAAAUUUUUCAAAUAAAAAUUAUAUAUUUUCUGAAUAUUUAUAAAUUUUAUGUCUACAUGUACUCUCUGAAAUUCACGUUUUCCCAAAUUUUAUGACACCGUUUUAAAACAAAUUAAUUCAACGACAAUACAAUCUGUAAGCUAGAGAAAUUGCCGUUUUAAUAAUAAUAUUUUAAUAUUCACAUAAUUUUUAGUGACGUCAGAAUAGCAGAUUUGAGGAGAGUACUGAGGAAGGAAAAUCAAAUAUUCGCCUUUUAUGUAUAUAAUCUGUUAAUAGAAGAUAUUUAUCAACUACCAGUGGUGACGUCAGAAAAGCUUAAUUUUAGAGACGUCUAAGAAAGCAAAAAUAUGCACUUAGUUUUCUGAACGCAAUCAGCUAACAGCAAGUAUUCAUUGAUUUAUUUCCAAAAAACGUAAAGUAAAAACGUCAAAAUUGACAUAUUUUCAAAGGAGUUGAGAAAAAUAAUCAAUAAGAUGAAAAUAUUUAAAAAUAUGAAUAAAAUUUGUGAGUCAGCAAGCUGAAUUUCAGUUUAAAAAAAUCAAAGUGUAUUCAACAAUUUUUUCUUUACCCGAAUUUAACAUGUUUGUUGCCAUUGAUUUAACUCUUACAUUUAUUAAAAAAUCCAAUUUUUGAAAUUCAAAAGUAAACAAAUUUCAAACCAAAAAAAAUAUUUUUUUAAAUGAAUAAAAGAAAAUGGCGAGUACUUUCUGCUUGUGCAAAACAACUCAUGGCAGCAAUUUACUAAUGUUCUGUGCUCCAACUGACAUAUUGUUAUAUAUUAUCAAUAUAUAUUAUAUUGUUCAAGAUAAAAAAUACGGGUUAAUGUAAACAAAUACAUGAAUUGUUUACUAUUUUAUUGUCAAAAACGGGUAUGUCAAAUACUUAGUUCACUUUGUUGAAUACAUUUUGAAAAAACCUAACAAAUUACAAAUUCGAUGAGCUUUAAGGGGCUAUACCAGUCUGACACUUUUAAAAAAUCGAUUUUUUUUAUUUUUUGCUAAUUCGAUAGUUUAUACUCUUAAAAAUAUCCUGUGAAAGCGGUCGUAUCUUGAAUAUAUUGAAAAGUUUUUGAACGACAGCGUUCGAAAUAGCGACCUUUUGAUUGGUUGAAAAUUGUCAAUUUGGCAUUCGGAAAACGACCAUUUUUUUACCCAAAAAAGCGAAAAUUUUUUCAGAACUACGCCAUUUUGUUAAUUUUUGAUAUUUUUCAUAAAUUGUUGGUCAUUGUAUAGCAAAUACCUUCAACUUUAACAACUUUUUCUUAUUUUUUUUUGUGCAGCUCCUAAUUCAUCAUCAUGUCGGUAGUUGGGGAACUUUUUUGGCACCUAACUCUAUUAUUUUUCAAUAUUUUUGUAAAAAAAAAUCUUAAAAUGUAGCUGAAACUAUACCUUAGUAUGUCAAAAAAUACGAUUGAAUACUUUCUUUCAAAAAAAAUUUUCAAUCCAUGGGUUACACUGGUAUACCCCCUUAAAAAUUUUAAAAUAAUUUGUUAAGAAUUUCUUAACAUUUUCCAUGAAAAAAUUUGAAUUUCAUAAAACCUAAUACAUUUUCCACAAAACAACUCUCAAAGCGUUUUCACGAAGCAACUUUUCUAGAAAAUUUGCAUUAUCCACAUGUUUUUCUCGUGAGAUGAACUGGGAACUUAUAUAGCAAAUUAUAUUUAUUAUAUUAGUACUUUAAUCCGUUGAAAGAAAUUUAAUUGAAAUCGAAAUGAUUUCUGGAGAUAAAAAAUAGUUCUCAUUUCAAUAUAUCCUAUAAAACAUUAAUAUAGUACUCUAUAAUGGUUUCUAAUAUAAAAAACAGAUUUCAUUAUAUAUUUCCAAAAUGUUUUUAUUGUUAUUUCAUACAAUUAAUAU